ACCCUCAAAACCCUCAGCUUUUUCUCUUUUCCUCGCAGGCGGCCUCCACCGCCCGCCUCUCAAGCGAAACCAGUUGAGAGGAGGAAGGCAAACACCUCACUCUCUCUCUUCCGCCAUGAAUCUCCUGCGGAGCUUCUCCGCCCAAAAUCGCCGCUCCCUGGCUAUCUUCAAGCACACCUCCCGGACCUUCUCGGUGGAAACGGCGGAGUACGCAAAGAGGAACUACGCCAGCAAUAUCUCCGAGUACAACACCGUCAUCGGCUCCCUCAUCGCUCAGCGAAGGAAUUUCUUGCUGAGGGAUGUGUAUGAUGACAUGAUGCUUGAUGGCGUCCAGCCAGUGCGCGACACCUUCCACUCCCUCAUUGUGGGCUCCAUGAAGGGAAGCCGGCUCCAGGAUGCCUUCUUCUUCCGUGAUGAGAUGAAAGCCAUGGGCUUGCCCCCCGACGUUAAUCUGUACAACUUCUUGAUAUCGACCUGUGGGAAAUGCAAGAAUUCCGAUGCGGCAAUAAAACUUUUGGAAGAAAUGAAGAGGCACGGUGUGAAGUUGAAAGGAGAGACCUACAUUUGUCUCCUCAAUGCUUGUGCAGCGACUGGCCGUACAGAUCAAGUCUAUGCAAUUGUUCGUGAUAUGACUGCUGCUGGUCUUGGAUUAAACAAAUUUUGCUAUGCUGGACUUGUAGCUGCAUUUAAAAACAAGUUGCCAAUCACUGAGGAGACUACUACAAAAAUUAUCGAGCUUGUUAAGCAAUCCAAGGGUUGGUCCUCGAUUGAAGCUUCAAGUGACAGUGGACAGAAUGUGAUGAUGAAUGUCUCUGAGGAGGAAUUGUAUAAUAUCCCAACUGCAGAAUAUGUGCACAGACGGGGAUUUAUCAACAGGCAGUUAACAGUUUAUCAUGUAGCUUUACAUGCCUGCGCAGAUUUAAAGAGUAAAGAGACAAUGGAGACACUUCUUGAAAUGCUUAAAAGGGAUGGCUAUUCUUAUGAUGUAUUCAUUGUGAUGCAAGCAAUGCGGUGUUAUUUCCAUUGCGGUGAUAUGGAUUCUGGUGUUAAGAUUUUUGAGGAGUAUACAAGUUCAAGACCCCCGACUGCUGAGUUGUAUGUGACGCUAGUUGAGGGAGCAAUGGUUGGUUAUACUCCUCAAGGGAUGCAACUUGCUCAAGAUACCCUGGAAAAAAUGAGUGCACGAGGAUUUUUCUUGAAUGCCAAGAUGGGAAAUGAUCUCCUCUUGGCAGCUGCAGGUGAAAAGAUGGGUGGAUACACUACCGCCAAUUAUAUAUGGGAUCUAUUGCAAAGCCGCAGGAUCAAUCCUUCUCUUCCUGCGGUCGAGGCCUACCACGAGGGUUUAAAGAGACGGGAGAUACCAGCAGAUGAUCCGCGGCUUCUAAUGGUUUCACGCACGCUUGAUAAUCUUAGGCUUAGAUUUGGAGGAAGAAGAAAUGCUUAGUGGACCUCUAUUUUGUUGUCUGCUUUCAGGCAACUCCUCUUCACAGUGCUUCUUAGCUUUCCAGAUGCAGUCUUCUGUUAUCUCCUACCAAAAUAACAUGUUAAUAUGACCAAGGUAUACUUGUAUAAGAUUCAGAAGAGAGCAUAAUUUUAGUGUUGAAUUACAGAGAAAAAAUUAAUUUAUGUACUCUUCUACAGAUCAACAACUUGAUAGUUAUUGUUUAAUUGUGAGAAAGCUAAAUUUAAUAUUAUUUUUUUUAAUGAGAAAUACGGUGGGAAUGACACCACCAGUGUUUGAACCA